AUACCCUUGGCCCUUUUUUGUUAUGAAAAUGUCAUACAAACUUUGCUAGCAGCUUCGAAAGUUUAAUAAAUCAAUUAUAAGGUCCUCAUCUUCAUAAACAUCACCAGAAUAAAUUGAUAACCCUUGGAUAAAUUCAAAACAAAUUUAGACUGACUUGUAAGUCGCACAAGUUAGUCUUUACAUAGGCCGUAUUUAAUGCACACGAUCUUAUCAUCAUCACACUCGUCAAAAGACCCACUUCUAUGUUUCACAUCAUCGGCUUAAGAGAGGAGGUCUUAAUAAAGAGGGGGGCUUAUUUUAAGUUUUUGCUUGAAGUUGGGGGGACUUAAUAGAGAGGGGGAAUUAAUAGAGAGGGUGGCUAAGAACUUUUACGGUAAUUCCAGAAUUGAGACCUGGUCACACUAUGUACUUUGGGAUAUGCCGCGAGCUAUACUUUUUGGACUUUUUGUCUAGCCAAGGGUAUACAUUUUUGCAAUUUUGGUGAAGCCAAGGUCUAUCCAGGGGUAACUUAUUUGAAGAUAUUGGCUUGGGGAACGGCCUUUUAGAGUAGGAACGUCUUUCUGAUCACCCAUUUUUGUUGACAAUAAACAAGUAAAUGAAAACAAAUCGACCUUUCCAAUUUCCAAUCAACAAUUUCGAUAUAACUGCUAACUUGGAUGGCUUGGAAAUGAAUUUAGCCAAGGGUAUCGUUUCUCAAUAUUAGACCACGCCAAGAGUAUCCUUUUGUAGAAAUUUGCCUAGCCAACAGUAGCCAAUAACCGGUGCGUGUAAAUGUAAAUCAAGCUUUAGAUAGCAACAACACCAAACGAUACCCUGGGUACUAGAGCCACAUAAAUUCCAAGGAGAAGCAAUACAGCGUCUAUCCGAGAAGAAGGACAAUAUGAGGUAAACCUCACCCAUUGUCGUUCUGAUGUUUAAUUGUAUGGUCCAAAUGAUGAUUUCACGUAAAAGUCGGCAGACCGUUCCUUUUUUGCUGUCUUUAUCACAUGCCACAAUGGCAAUGAGCCCAAGUCACAAUCACAAAAAAAGAUAAUGAACUGUAUCAACCCAGAAUAUUUUAUCACUGGACAGAAGACAAAUGACGAGGCAGUACAGGUGAAAGCAACAUUUAAGAUGAAACCUGGCAAAAAGUAACCCAUAUUCUCAAAGCAUUAUGGGUCACUCGGUUAUUGAGGACAGUCCAAGUGAGCAACAAAUGAAAGAAAACCCUAAAAAAUGGAGAAUCACAUGCAGCUGGCUACCCAAAAGAUAUCUGCUGGCAAUCCUAAGCUUUUUGGGAUUUCUAAAUCUCUAUUUAUUGCGAGUCAAUCUCAGUGUUGCCUUAGUUGCCAUGGUUUCAAAUAAAACGAUAACCAACUCUUCUGGCUAUGUUGUUUUUACAGAGCCAGCAGAAUUUUCUUGGAGCACGAAAGAACAAGGUAUCAUCCUGAGCUCUUUCUUUUAUGGUUACAUCUUCACCCAAAUACCUUGUGGAUAUCUUGCAGCCCGUUUUGGUGGGAAAAACCUUUUUGGUGGGGGUAUUCUAAUGACAGGACUGUUUACAUUACUAACACCAUUAGCAGCAAGAAUGAGUAUUAAGUUUCUCAUAGCUGUUAGAGUGUUGCAAGGAUUAUCUCAGGGCGUCGCUUUUCCAUGCAUGCAUGCGAUUUGGAGCAGAUGGGCUCCACCAAUUGAAAGAAGCAGGCUCUCAACAAUAUCUUUUUCAGGACCAUUUGCUGGAACGGUUCUUGGAAUGACAUUGUCAGGAGCGAUAGCUUAUAAUCAAGGCUGGCCCGCUGUUUUCUACUUCUCUGGCCUUCUUGCAAUUAUUUGGAGUGUUUUUUGGUUUUGGAUCGUUACUGAUUCCCCUUUCGAUCACCCCACGAUUACAGCUAAGGAAGUUGAUCAUCUCAAACAGGAAUUAUCAGACGAUAAAACUGAGUCAAAAUUAACAACGGUCCCGUGGAAAGAUUUGCUCACAUCUGGUCCCGUGUGGGCAAUUAUGAUCGCGCAUUUUGCAGGGAACUGGGGCAAUUUCAUACUACUUACGUCACUUCCGACUUAUCUCAAGCUGGUGCUAAAGUUUGAUCUACAAAAGGCGGGGUUUCUUGCCGCUCUUCCAUACAUGAUAUUGACCCUAAUGAUUCAGAUGGGGGGACAGCUUGCAGAUUAUCUACGGUCCUCGGGAAGAAUGUCAACCACUACUGUUAGAAAGCUUUUUACUGCAAUAGGGUUCAUGAGCCAAGGCGUUUUCAUGAUAGUCGUUGGGUACAGUACAAGCAAAUACAUGGCCAUUUCUGCUUUAGUCAUGUCGGUCGGAUUGGGUGGCCUUGCAUGGUGUGGUUUCAUUGUCAAUCAUCUCGAUAUAGCACCGCGCUAUGCAAGCCUCCUUUUUGGAAUAAGCAACACUUUCGCUACCAUUCCAGGAAUUGUCAGUCCUCUUGUUGUUGGAUUCGUCACUACACACGAGACUAGAGAAGAAUGGCAGAAAAUAUUCAUCAUGUCAGCGGCAGUUUACGGGUUUGGAACUCUGGUUUUCUUGAUUUUUGCCUCCGGUAAGAAGCAGCUGUGGGCAGAUCCGUAUGGGUACCAAAGUAUUUCUGAAGACAACGAUGAUAAAGACAUGUUGCUGAAAGAGGGAAUUGAGGAUGAGAAAGGCACCUUAUCGGCUACCAAUGAAACUUUGGAGAAGAAGGAAGCAGAAACUCUUUUGCCAGGUGCUGUUGGCAGUUAUGGUUCAGUUUCGUUGGACACAUCUAAAGACUUUUAAACUUAUACUUUCGAGACAGCUUUAUCUCAAUUUGCUUGUUCCCAUUUCCAAUAAGGUGCAGCUCUUUUGAACUCUCAUUCUAACUAGUGUACAAGUUGUCUUCCUGCUUGUGACAAGGCUACUCUGGUAAACUUGUCAAGUGGCAUGUUAGCGAGUUCAGAAACAUCGAAAGACCUUCUUGGCGCGAAGAGUAUGCUGAGCGUUGCCUACUCUAUCUAGAAAUGAAAGGUAUUUCAAAUUGAAUAGUGAAUCUUUUCAAAUAUUUGGUUAUUAACAUAAGUAGGUUUUAUAGCAUUUUAAUGGCUAGGAAAGGGGGAUCAAUACAGAAUGCAAAUUAAUAAACGGCAGUAUAACCAUUCUCGUCCUAGACUUUUUUCUCAAAAAAAAUAAACCGAAUUUUAGGUUGUUCUGAAAUUUAUGUGUGAGACAUCCUUUAUUUGCUGGUAAAUUUUUGAGAUAAACAUAUUUGAGGAGAUUUCACGACAUUGCUAAAACUUGUAUUUUACAGUAGCUUAGUCUCAUCUUGUUCUUUAACGCUCUUAAUGAUUGACCAGUUGUUCUUAUAGAAUUGUUCUUAUAAAAAAAUGGUGUAGUCCACUUUCAAUUCGCAAAACGCUUCCGUCUCAUUGGUCAGUGCGAAAACUUUUUUAUUAAAGAGGUGAGCGAAAACUCAAGAAAAAUGCCAAUAAAAUGAAAUCAAUUUCUAUAAGGUAUUUGCAUGCAAUCCUUUUGUCUACUAGCUAUUAAUGUUUAUGAAAUAAACUUCUUUGGUAAUUUUUUAAGUCAGAUUAUUUUAGUCAAGGUCAGUUGCUUUGUCAUACCUGUUGCUUUGUUAUUUAAGAAAUAAAAACCUUUUCUUAUACUAUAAAAAAUCAUAGAUAUUGCCUGUUACCAAGGAAGACAAACUAACUAGCAGCGCCCUCAACGAUGGAGAAAGCAAAGGCUUCCCAUAUGACUGAUCAUACAUUAACUGAUCAUACACUGAUUAACUAAUCAUACAUUGAUCAACUGACCAGACAUUGAUUAACUGAUAAUACACUGAUUAACUGAUCAUACAUUGAUGAACUGAUCAGACGUUUGCGAGGUUAAAGCGAAUAAAAAAUAAUCCAUUGGUGACAUAUUCAAUAGGCAAGCGGCACUGGUUGGCCUAUUUUGAUCCAUAAUUGGGUAUAUACACAACUGUCUAUUUCUUGGGUAGAGUUUUUGUCAGGCGAAAAGCUAAUGUAUGAUCCAUAAUAAAAUAUAAAUGGUUAAUCUACCCCCGAGUAAAUAAUUCCAUUUGUCUUGAUUGUGGAAACAAAUAAGCACUGUUCCCAUUAAUUGUGGGAACAAAUAAGUGAUUUUUAGAGGAAAGGUGGUAUGAUGCAAGCUGAAUAAUUUCUUUACUCCAAGGACACAAAAUUUAUUUUUAAAUGGAAUUGCAUCGUUAUAGCAAAUAGAAAGAAAACAAUUCGUAUUUGUAAGAGUUUUGCAUUUUUAAAGCAAUUUUCUUUUAAAUGUAAAAUUGCAGUAUUUUUGUGGCCAAACUAUACGCCAGUGGGGAUAUAUAAAAUGAGAUAUUUUCGUUUUCA